GGCGUUUCCUUGCUUGACGCGACUGCCCAGUUGCACCAACAAAUUUCCUAUUUCCUGCCACCUGCUACUUGGACUUGCCACCUGGGCCUGCCACCCUCCGACAAUCACUCUCACUGCAUCUCCAACGCCGGCAUCCAUAAGAGCAGCAUACCACCAUAGCAGCAUACCAGUAUCGCAUAGCCCAAACGUUGGUGGCCGUGGCUUACAUAUUCUUCCCCCCGCAUUUCUAAUUCCCAUAUCCCUCUCGAGGAUAACGCCACCCCCGGCUAUGAGGCUCGCCUCUAUUUUUUUUGCCCUCUCCGUCGCGGCCAUCUCGAGCGCCGACACCCCCCCCGAGGGAAUUGGCCCAGAUGCCUCGCCUCCAGCGGGCUGUAAGGAAUCUGUUAAUGGGAAGUUCACGAUAGGAACGUUGCUGCUUCCCAACGGCAAAUCCCGAAGGGAGACGGCACAGGAGGCUGCAGACAAGGCGUUUGUGUGCACGCUCCAAGACGGCAUUCUUCAUGAUCCGUACAAUCGGACCGGCUCCAUAGUUGCAAACCGCCAAUUCCAAUUCGAUGGCCCGCCACAGGCAGGCGCAAUCUAUACGGGCGGAUGGUCGUUCUGCAAGAACAACACACUUGCGCUGGGCGGCUCUACGCUCUUCUACCAGUGCCUGAGCGGCGGCUUCAACAACAUCUACGACCAAUACAUUGCCGACCAGUGCGCCCCGGUCAACAUCGCCGUGUCUUUGAUAAGUCAGCCAAGCUCCUCGAGCUCCUCGGCUGUGGCGUCCAGCACGCAUGCAAGCACCAAAUCCUCAUCCGCCUCGGCGUCCGGCAGUCUAGAUUCGGCCUCGGCCUCUGUCACCGCUGUGUCUAGUCGCAACGGGACCCUCAACACUGCGUCGCCGUCGAUAUCCGGCGCGUCCUCGGCCAGUAUAACUCUUGCGCCUCCAUCGAGUGCCGGCGUGUCCCCAGCACCAUCAAGUUCUUCUACCGGCGGUGCGGUUCCCACUCGGGUACCUCGCCGAGAAACAUUUGGGGCGGUCGUUGGGAUACUGGGAGCAGCCUUGAUUCUCUAGUUACCCAUUUCGAAUUCCUUGGAACAGUACAGUAUUUCAGCGUGCAUAGAGAUGAUAGCGAGCUACAAUUAUACCAACAUGGGUCGAAGGGUCGGAUUGGAAAGGGCGGCGUGCGAGACUACGUUCUGAGUAUAUAUUUCACCAUUGGAUAGAGUGGAGGCGCCUGUAAGACUUCUCGGUGCUUUAGGGGCGCCCUGGCAUUGGCCUCAAGAUCGCCACGCGUUGGGUUUGCCAAAGCAAAGUAAUGAUAAUCACGCAUCUUGAAGUUUUCCCUUUG